UACUCUCAACAAACCAUUUUUAAGCAGGAAAAAUAUGAGAAGGCUAUGGCUUCGCUUGAUCAAAUGGAGAAGAGGGUUGUAAUGGCAGAAUCAAUGUUGGAGGCUACAAUCCAAUAUCAACAUGGCCAAGUUAAAGCACUAGCCUCCCCCGGGUCUGUGCGUCCAGAUUCUCCAACUGCAGUGCCCACUAGAAGGAUAGGUCUACUCUCAUUUGGAAUGGGCUGGCGUGACAGGAACAAGGCAAAAGCGACUGAUGCUGAGGAUCCCAAAAAAGCGACUAACGUUGAGGAUCCCAGUCAAAGCAAAUCUACCAGUGAGGAACUCUCUUCGAGCACUAAGCCAGUUGACACCAAUGGCCUCCAAGAGCAGGAAAAGUAACGGUAGUUGGCAGUGUUUUACUUAGAAAAUUGACCUUGCUGCUUCAAGUACUAGACUCCUUACACCUUGUACAUGUUCCAGUAAAUAGCCACGUAGUGUUCUUUUGUGCUUGUACCCUUGAAGUUUUGGGUAUGGGAGUAAUUUAAUUGUACAAACAUCGAUUUGAUGAGCCAUAGAGACCUUUUAUUCCCCUCUAUACUCUGUAAAACAUACAUCUAUUUAUUGUUUUUUUGUUCAUUAAUUUAUGUUAGUUAGAACUUUGUUUUACAUUUCAAGUCAAUAAGAUUCAUUGUUAUCAUUACUAGAU